CCUGCAGGGAGCAACUUAGAGCCAGCAGAGCCAGAUGUAACAUUGACCUUAAAUGGUAAAAGCUCCCCAGAGUGGAAGAGAGGCUGGCCAGAGGGGGAAAGGGGCUAACUCAGUGUUAGGAGAAGGACAGGUCCACACUCAAGGUACCCCAGGAUCAGCAUUUCAUUUUCCCUUCUUCACGUUCAGCAACACCUGGGACAUUGGGUUCUGCGGUCCACUGCUAGUCUCCAGAUCCCCAGCCUCUCAGUGCACCUCCCCCAGGGCGGAGAGGCGGCCGAGGGGCUUAGCAGUGCAUGGUCUGGUCAGCCAGCCUUCCAUCAUGCCCAACCUACCUGGAGAUGAAGAGCAGCCAGGAGAGCCACAGCCUGCCCUGAGCCCUGCUGUUGAAGACCCUCCUGUUGAAGAGACCGUGUGCAGAGCACCAUCCAUCGUCCUGCCUGGGGACAGGGAGGCCGUGGCACCGGAUGUAGACCAUGAUAAAAACCUGGUGAGCAGACCACGCAGUCCUCGUCACCGGCUUUCUAACCGACACAUGAAGGCUUCCCUUACGUCUCUGACAUCUGUGGACAACACAGGCCGUGUCAUCCAUCUGGUGAACGACCCGCUGCCAGACAUCAAAAUCUCCGAGGAAGAUAAGAAGAGGAACCUCGAACUCCUGGAAGAAGCCAAGAAAGUGAGUGAGCGGUUCCUGACCAGGAGAGGCCGGAAGUCCAGGAGCAGCCUGCCUGAUUCCCCUUCAGCCAUUUCGCCCAGCCUCAGUCCUGGGGCCUCCCCUGCAGUGUCCCGGAGCAGCUCCCUCAGCAGCCCACCCUCGCCAUCAGGUUCUGAGGUGUGUGCUGCCCCGCUCCCUGGGCCAGGAUCUCCACUACAGAAGGGAGAUGAGCCAUCAUUUCACCUUGACCUACCUAAUGCCACUAAGGGGCUAACAGACCGAAAGCAGAAUGACCAAAGGAAAGUGUCUCAGGGACGACUGGCUCCUCGCUCCCCCAGUGUUGAGAAAUCCAAAGAGACGUUAUCUGAACAAAAAGAAAAUUUUGAUCCCCUUAAACACGUAGAGAACAGUACCCCGAAGGUCCUGGCUUCUGGCAGUGGUGGAGGGAAAAUGUCCCUCAACAGUCCAAUAGGUGCUGGUGAAAAAGACCCAGGGAAGCAGCUUCUUAAGAAACCCAAGGAAAGUGACCCUCUCCUGAAAAGCAACCUCCAGGGCCCAGGGCCAGCUCCCCCAGGACCCCAGGGGAAAGGCCCAGCCUGGGAGCCACUAAACUCCAAGACCCCCUCGAAAGCUGACCUCAAGCCUUCUGGAUUCCGACCCCCUCUACAGCGGGGGAUGUCCUGGGAUAGCGGCCCCAUGGAGCCAGGGCCAAAGGACAAGGUCAUCGCCAAGCUGACAGCCACAGAGGAGGAGAAACGUUUUCCCAGCAAAGCGGGCAACAAGAUCCCCAAAUCACCAGGAUUCAAGGACUUUCAGAUCCAGGUUCAACCUGUGCGGAUGCAGAAACUGACCAAGCUUAGAGAGGAAAACAUCCUGAUGAGAAGCCAGAACUUGGUUGGCCUGAAACUUCCAGAUCUCAGUGAAGCUGUGGAACAAGAGAGAGGGCACCCCUCCGAGCUUUCCCCAGGCGUUGAAGAGGAAGAGGCCAAGAGUGGCUGCGAUGUCAUGCCCAACAUCUCUGACGUGUUGCUACAUAAACUACGAGUUCAUAAGGCCCUCCCUGGCAGUGCUCCGCCUUUGACUGAAAAGGAAGUCGAGAAUGUGUUUGUACAACUGUCCUUGGCCUUUCGAAAUGACAGCUACACCCUGGAGUCGAGAAUUAGCCAGGCAGAGAGGGAAAGAAACCUGACAGAAGAGAACACGGAGAAAGAACUGAACAACUUUAAAGCUUCAAUCACGUCCUCAGCAUCCGUCUGGCAGCCCUGUGAGCACCGAGAGACCUAUGAGAAGCUGUUGGAAGAUAUCGCAGUCCUGCAUCGUCUGGCCGCUCGCCUCUCCAGCCGCGCUGAAAUGGUCGGGGCAGUCCGCCAGGAAAAGCGGAUGUCAAAGGCUGCUGAGGUGAUGAUGCAGUACGUAGAGAAUUUGAAGAGAACGUAUGAGAAGGACCAUGCGGAGCUCAUGGAAUUUAAGAAACUAGCAAACCAGAAUUCGAGUCGAAGCUACGGCCCCUCUGAGGAUGGGGUCCCUCGUGCCACCAGAUCUAUGUCUCUCACCCUGGGAAAGAACAUGCCCCGUCGGAGAGUCAGCGUGGCCGUAGUCCCCAAGUUUAAUGCUCUGAACAUUCCUGGCCAGUCUCCUAGCACAUCACCCAUCCCAUCCUUACCAGCCCUGGCUGAAUCACCAAAUGGGAAAGGAAACCCCUCAGCUUCCCUGGCGCCAUCUGCACUUUUAGAGAACGGGAAGUCCAAUGGGGACCAAGACUGUGAGGGCCCCGCCCCCAGUGCCCCACCUGCCCUGACCCAGAGUGCUUUGGAGGAGAUCAGCCAAGAGGUCAAGGCCAAGAUCGAGGAGGAGGCCUACAACAAAGGGUAUCAAGAAGGCCUAAAGAAAACCAAAGAGCUUCAGGAACUGAAGGAAGAUGAAGAAGAGAAGACAAAUGAAAGCCUUGAAGGGCCAGAAAAGGAGGAUGAGGAAAAGGAGCUAAAAAGCAGCAAACUUGAAGCCUUGAUUCAUUUUUUACAAAUACUAUACCCCAAGCUGUGCCAACACUGGAAUGUGAUUUGGAUGGUGGCAGCAGCCAUUCUUGUCUUCACAGUUGUGUUGGGCCUAUACAAUUCCUAUCAGUCUUGCACCGAACUGGCGGAGGGGACAUCUGGAAAAGCCACUUGUUCUGCCUCCCAACGGGACUCCUGGUGGAGCUCGGGACUACAACAGGAGCAGCCCACAGAGCAAUAGAGAUGACCGGACACCCGACUGGUGGGUGGCCCCACUCAAACAUGCCUAGUGUGUCACCAUUUCCAGUUGUUAAAUGCAGUGAGGGACACAGGCGUGUUCAGGAUUCGACAUCCCUGCUACCCCAGUCUGGGAGUGAGAUGGGGUGCUUUUCAAUCACCCUGACUGGUGGCAAAUGAAGUCCCAAUGAAACUGUCCAGGGGAGAGGUCAAGAUGGAGAGAGAUGUCAGUUUCCCCAAGGAAUUCUGCCUUUGAGAAGAGCCUCUCUGGGGGCAGCUAGGUGGCGCAGUGGAUAAAGCACUGGCCCUGGAUUCAGGAGGACCUGAGUUCAAAUCCAGCCUCAGACACUUGACACUAGC